AUGCAGUUUCUUUCUCUUGGCGCAGAGUCAAGCGUAUAUAUUGAUGGAGAUGUUGUUAUAAAAGAAAGAAUGAAGAAAGAAUACCGAAUUGAAGAGUUGGAUAGGAAGAUAAUCCGUAGCAGAACGAAGAGGGAGGCGAAUAUCAUGAAAAAGUUGAACAAGCUUGGGAUUGCAUGUCCAAAGUUAAUCAAGGUCAGUGAGAACACAAUUGUGAUGCAAAGGAUAAUAGGAAAGACAAUGAAAGAGCAGUUGAGCAGUGCAGUUGAUCAUAAACGCUUAUUCUACGAGGUAGGCAUUCUUGUAGGCAAGCUUCAUUGUGAAAACAUAGUGCAUGGAGAUCUAACGACGUCGAAUUUCAUUUUUGGAGACCAAGCUUAUGUGAUAGACUUUGGACUGUCGAGUGUUUCAUUAAAAGAUGAAGACAAGGCUGUCGACUUGUAUGUUUUUGAAAAGGCAGUUGGGUGUUUGCACAGCGCUGAGUCGCUACAAGACUUCUACCAAGGAUACCUGAUGCAUGGUGAUGCAGAAGUGUUGAAAAAACUCGAAGUUGUACGCAUGAGGGGUAGGAAGAGAGAAGAAAGCUCAUUUGGAUAA